AUGAUUUUGGACCCUGUCAAGGGCACAGUCUUCCUCUGUCUCACUGGUCUUGGCGCUGCUGGAAACAUCUUAGUUCUGGUGAGUUACAUGCACAUGUUCCAAAGCACCGAGAAGAAACCUAUCCACCUGAUUCUUGCUCACUUGGCACUGACAAAUAUCAUCAUGCUUCUGUCAAAAGGGAUGCCAAGGACCAUAGAAGCCUUUAAUUUUGGAAACUUCUUAGAUGAUACUACUUGUAAAAUUGUUGUUUACCUGGCAAGAGUGUCCCGGGGCCUUUCACUCUGCACCAGCAGUCUCCUCACGGUGGUCCAGGCCAUCACCAUCAGUCCCAAACAGUCCAUAUGGCAGAGGCUCAAACUAAGGACUCCACGGCACAUCAUCUCCUCGCUGCUGUUCCUGUGGAUACUCAAUUCCUUAAUCAGUAUGAACUUACCAUAUUACAUUAAAAACAUCAACAGUGUGAACAUAACACAGGUUAAAAAAAGUAGCAACUAUUGCUAUUUUCUGCCAGAAAGCUGGAUAACAAGAUGGAUUUUUCUCACCCUCAUGGUCCUGAGAGAUGCAGUGUUUCAGGGUGCCAUGGGAGGGGCCAGCGGCUACCUGGUAUUUCUUCUCCACAAGCACCACCAGCAUGUCCUCUACCUUCAGAACUGCAAGAUUCUCUACAGAACUCCCCCUGAGCUGAGAGCUGCUCAAAGUGUCCUCCUUCUGAUGGUGUGCUUUCUUUUCUUUAAUUGGGCAGAUUGUUUUAUUUCUUUAUACAUUACUUUGACGAUAGAGAAUUAUUCCACAGAAGUUUAUAUUCCAGAGUUCCUAACCAUUAGUUAUGCAGUUCUCAGCCCCUUCAUGCUGAUUCACAGAGAUGGACAUCUGACUAAAUGCUGUUAUAUUCAGUAA